AUGUAUGAUCCAAACCAGACAAGGAUUGCAGAAAUUCUGCUUCUAGGUUUUCAGAACACUCAUCAUCUGAAGGCUUUGCUCUUUACUAUUUUCCUUCUGGUCUACUCUGUGACAUUAACGGGGAACUUAGUGAUUGUAGUUUUGGUGUCAGUUCACCGCCGACUGCACACCCCUAUGUACUUCUUCCUCAGCCUCCUAUCUUCGUCUGAAGUCAUUUCCACCAGCAACAUUGUGCCCAAAAUGCUUUCCGUCAUCUUGAAAGAUGGGGACUCCAUGUCGUUUUCCGCAUGUUUGACUCAGUUUUAUAUCUUCUCGGCUAUAACCAAUUCUGAAUGUUUUCUUCUCACCGUAAUGUCUUUCGACCGAUACUUGGCCAUUUGCUACCCGUUAAGGUACAUCUCCAUCAUGGACUUUAAGCUUCAACUCAACCUGGCAGUAUGGUCUUGGAUAAUUAGCCUUAUGGUAACUUUGUUUAUUACCCUUCUGGUUUAUAAUUUGCAGUUCUGUGGACCCAACGUAAUAGACCACUUCUUUUGCGAUCUGGCCCCCAUAUUACAUCUUUCUUGUUCGGACACGACCGUGGUGAAAACUCAAGCCUUCAUAUUUUCAGUUCCUGUUAUUGUCUUGCCAUGUAUUUUCAUUGUCGUCACCUAUAUCUUCAUAUCCUUUGCCAUCUUGAGGAUAUCGUCACACGACAAGCGACAGAAAGCCUUUUCCACUUGCAGUUCCCACCUGGCUGUUGUAGGCCUGUAUUAUGGAACUCUAAUUAGCGUGUAUCUUUCUCCGACAGCGGGUCAUUCACCCAGUGUGAGCAAAGUUCUUUCUUUGUUAUACAUAAUAGUGACGCCACUUUUUAACCCGAUUAUAUACAGUUUACGUAAUCAGGAAAUUAGGAUGGCUCUGAGGAAGUCAUUACAUAAGACAACAUAUGACAUAAAUGGAGGUAUUCAGUAG